GUGCCUGGCAAGCACAAGGUCCCAAGUUCAAUCCCUGGUACCAGAUACAAAACAAAACAAACUUCAAACUGGAUGAAAGUAAACAUGACAUCAGAAUUUGUGGGGUUUAUUGAAGGAUGCAGUAAAUAAAUAUGAAAAGUUUAAAAUCGGCUCUAAGCUUAAAGCCAAAAUGGAAAAUACAGAGGUCAAAUACAGUAAAAAAAUAGAAAGAAACCAAACGUUGGUGCUUUGAAAAGAUUAACACAUUUAGUCUGGUCACAUUUAAAACAAAUCCAGAAUUAAGGUCUUCACAUCACUGUGGGCCCAAGGUAGUGGUCCCCCAAGCUUCUUCCUGUGCAGCUUGCUCACCUGGCUCAUCUACCUGAAAUCCAUACCUCAGCCUUGCCCUUUGCCGUGUUCCUGCUGAAGACACCCUGCUCAUGCUGCGGCUUUGCAUUCCUGUUUUAUUUCCUACCUUGACUGGAUCUACUUGUGUCUGGAGGGGUGAGAUUUGGAUGGCAGGAAGGCCCAUCUCAGCCUGCAUGAAAUGCACAUAUUCCUCAAAAGGCAGUUACCAAAACUGACAUGAAGAGCACUUCAGUGGCCUUGUAUCUUGAGAAAUUGAACUGGAAAUUUGAAGCUUCCUGAAGAAAUCUAGGCCUAGAUGGUAUCACAAUUCAGUUCUGUGAAACAGCAAACGAAUGAGUCCAGUGAUACUGUGUCAGAGCCAGUACAAUGACACGUGCCUGUAAUCAGCCCUGAGGGAGACUGAGGCACGGGAGCCGUUAGUUGCCUGAGCACCUUUGUUUCAAGGUGGGGGUUGACAGGCCUGUGGCUAAAGAAGAUGUGGGAUUUUGAAUACAGCGGGAGCUGGUAGAAGGAAAGCUUUGCUGGCUAUGGCUGGUGUUGCCCUCAGAGGAGCUGGGUGUAGGGAAAUCCUAGACUUGUGUCUGACCCCAGCCCUUGCUCCCUCUGCCCUGGAAGUGCUCCCUCAGUAGGCUCCACCUGAGUUCCCAUCGCCCUCAACUGGGUGAGAACCCUGAGGGUUCACUGAAGCUACUCCUGGAAUACAAAGGGGACUUUUCCCAUUUAGAAGACCCAGGGGUCCCAGCACUGCAGGUUUCACACGGAUGGUCUGGAGAGCUUUGUGCUCAGCUUGUGGGGUGGACACUGGUGUGCUGCCUAGAACCUGUUCAUGGGGCGGUGGCCUGAAGGUGACCUCAAUUCUCAGCCCCAUCAGGACCCCCAGACACUGGGGCUCUAGGCUGAUCUCCCUGGCACCUGAGCCCCAGUAACCCUCUGCACACCAGUUGCCAUCCAGGUUCUGGUGGGACCCGCUAGCUUGUGGCCCUGUGGAGUCGGGAGGUAAUAUGGGGUCCACUGUCUCAUGGGUCAUGUCACAGCUCAGGGUGAAGGCCAAAUCCCACUGCUGCCAAGGACUUCACACAAUGGACAGCUGAUACCAACGUGCCCAGCCAGGCUGCUCUGUCUCUCCUGGAAGGUGCUGGCAGGAUUUGGCCUUGGGGUUGUGGGAGCAGCCCCACUGCUGGGCUGCUCAAAGGGGCUCAGCACACCCCUCCUGUGUCUCGCAGCGCCCCCUAGUGUUGGUGACAUGAUCCUCUAAUCCAGUGUGGGGUGUUUUGUGUACACAGUGUUUGUGGCUCUUUCACUACAUACCUGGGGGUCCAGCCUGGCCUGGACAUCAGGUAGGAGGUGUCUGGGGGCCAGGGGAGGAGGUGAAGUGGUACUGCAUCUUUAAGGGUGGUGACAUCACAAGGCCAUGGAAGGCCGGGCGGCUGUGGAACUCUGGUCGUGGCUGUUUCUGUGGGCUGUGGGCUCUAGAUUUCCACCUCUAUGGGGCUGCAGGUCUGUCCGUGAGCAUCCAAGGGCAGCCAUGGCUGAGGGCAGUGAGCUGAUGAACAGGCUCAUGAGUGAGAAUGCAGAUCUGAAGAAACAGGUGCGCCUCCUGAAGGAGAACCAGAUGCUGAAGCGACUUCUCAGUGAGAACCGCCAGGAUGGUGGCCGUGGGGCCCGUGACCUCCUCUUCCCCAAGACACCCCCCUACCCUGAGGCCUGUUCCCCAGGGAGUGGAGGUCCAGAUUUUGGGAGGUUUGCCAGCGUCUCUGACACGUCCUCCCAGCUGCCACUGUCAUCCCUGGAGGACCUGCUGUGUUCACAUGCUCCCCUCUCCAGUGAGGAUGAGGCCUCUCUGGGCUGCAUGACCUCCUCUCAGCUGCCCUUCAAGUCCUUCCUCAGCCCCCCUGAGCUGCGUACUCGAGGUGACAGGAAGCUGUCCCCACUCCUGAGCCCCUUGCAGGACCCACUGGCAGACAAGGCACUGCUUGAGCCCAGGGAGAUGCUGCGGCCUAAGAAGGUGUGCUUCUCCGAGGGCAACCCGCCGGCUGAGGACAGGACGAGGAGGAGCUACUACCUCAAUGGUACUGCAUGCACAGAGAUCCAGAGCUUCGCAAGUGCAGAGAAGGACAGCCGCAUUGUUGGGGAGAUCGCCUUCCAGCUGGACCGGCGCAUCCUGGCCUACGUGUUUCCAUGUGUGACUCGGCUGUAUGGCUUCACCGUGUCCAACAUCCCGGAGAAGAUCAAGCAGACCUCCAUCAAGUCCCUGGAUGGCUCAGUGGAUGAGAAAAAGCUGCGUGAACUGACGCAUCGCUACCUCACGCUGACUGCACGGCUGGAGAAGCUGGGCUACAGCCGAGAGGUGCACCCGGUGUUCAGUGAGUUCCUCAUCAACACCUAUGGCAUCCUCAAGCAGCGGCCUGACCUGCGCGCCAACCCUCUGCACAGCAGCCCAGCCGCGCUGCGGAAGCUGGUCAUUGACAUUGUGCCGCCCAAGUUCCUGGGUGACUCCCUGCUGCUGCUGAACUGCCUGUGUGAGCUUGCCAAGGAGGACAGCAAGCCACUCUUCGCUUGGUGAGCAGAGGCCUCACCCUUCCUGCAAUAAACACGUUUGUUCCAAACCAGGGGGCCAGCGUGCCUCCUGUGCAUCCCUCUCGGCUGCCACGUGGUGGCGGUGGUGGGAGGGCCCCCUGCGGCCUGC